AUGGCAUCUUUUGUCGAAGUCGGAGGCUCGUGGUCAACGAAUGAAGAUAUUGCGUUGUGUCAAUCUUGGGUGAACAUUAGUCAUGACCCUAUCACGGGCAAUAAGAUGAAGUUUCAUCACAUGUGGAGCAAAAUUCAUGGAGAAUUUUGUCAAAGAUCGGGUUCUAUUUGGACCGAAAUGGCCUUGUCUAGUAGAUGGAAACUUCUGAAUAAAGAGUUAGGGAAAUGGAGAAAUGCCUUGACAAAAGCAAAGGCGAACAUUCAAAGCGACGCCACUCCACGAUUCGACAUCAACCGAUUCUCAUUGGACUUCCCAAUGGAAACGGAGUCACCAUUUGUGCCACGUCCGCCGAGACCUAUUGGGAGAAAGGCCGCAAAGGCCAAGAGAGGGGGCACUUCGACCAAUGAAUGUGUACAAUUAUUGGAGCAAAUAGCUAAGAGCACCUCACUAAGAAUGGAGAGAGACUUGAAAAGAGAUGAAAUGGACGUGGCACGAGAGGAAGCAUUUGUUAUUCAACAGCAAAAGGCACAAGAAAAAGACAUAGAGGAUAGAGAGAUGAAAAUCAUGGCCAUGGAUACGAGCCAUAUGUCUCCCGAAACAAAGGCCUAUUGA